AGGAAUGACGUAUUGGACUUUAGCAUCGGCCAAUCCCGACAAUGUGGUCUUACGCUAAACGGACACGAACGUCCUCGUGGUUGGAGGCUGUGAGCCAGGACGCUUGGAGCUGAGCCGCCAACAUGGCCGCUUUCCACUGCCCCCUCUACUCCGCACCCCACCCAUCACCUGCUACAGCCAUCCCUCCUCCCACACCGCUUCCUCCCCUUCAUUCCAGCAACCAUUGCUACUGCCGCUGCUGCUGCUCCCGCUGCCGCCGGCAAGCAGCUGCCGCACAGCUACAAGCAGCUGUACCUCACCGGCUUGAGGUUGCAGCAGCUGUAGCAGUACCAACAGCACGGCCGUCAACGCUGCUGUCCUCGUCGUCAUUGCGGCCAUACGUGGCAGCAGCUGCAGCAGCAAAUGCAGCAUCAGCAGCAGCGGGUACGGCGCCUGCACUAAGUCAGCUGCAGCAGCAACCACACCGCUUAAAGAGGGGCGAGGGUAAACAUCCCCCGCCGCAAAGACAGCAAGAGCAGGAGCAGCAGCGGCGGCAGUCGUCACGGCGGAGUUUCCCUGGGGGCUGGGAACAGCGGCAGGAGCAGCAGCAGGUACGGCAGCAGCAAGAGGAGCCUCAGAAGACAACGCAGCGACCCCGACUGCCCCGCUUCGCUGCUAGGCGUGACGCGCGCAGCGGAGGUAGCGGAGGCGCCGGCGGUGGCCCUGCUGCUGCUGGUGCCUCAGCAGCGGCGGCGGAGAGGAAGGUGGCGGCGGCCCUUGCGAAGCUCCUGUCGUACUGCGAGGGAGAGGUAGCGGCGGCAGCAGCGGCGGCGGCAGCGGCGGAAGAGCAACGGUCGUCGCGAGGUGAGGUGACCGGCCAGCAUGCUACCACCGCCGCCGCUCCUUCGCCCUCGUCACCACUGCCUUCGUCGUCGUCCGCGGCAGCGGCGACAUCCCCACCACAGGCACUGGCGGCGGCAGCGGCAGCGGCGACAGCGGCAGCACCGCCGCCGCCGCCGCCGUGGGCUGCCGUACGCUUCAUCACGGGAUUUGAGCUGCGAGUGCGCCGGGCCGCCGGAGCCGUACGUGCGCUGUACGGCAUCUGCGGUGCUGGUAGUGCUGCUGGCGGCGGCGACGACGGCAACGACAGCAGCGGCGAUGUUAGCGGAAUAAGCGAUGCGGGAGUGUCAAUGGCGGCGGAGGCGGCGGUCGCGAUGACGUCAUCAUCGCGACUGCCCCCCCACGCAUCUCCGCCGCCGCCGGCGGCGACGACGACGACUCGGCUGACGGCGGCGCAAUGGGCUCGUGUGCUGGGAGCCGCCGCCGACGCCGGCUGGCGACCGACCCCACUCGCCGCACGGGCGCUGCUGCUGCUGUUGCAGCGGGACGUGUCGUACCUCCUCCUCUGCCGCCGCCGCCGCCUCGCCCGGCAACACCCGCGUCCACGCCACCUUCACACGCCUUGCGGCGGCGGUGCUGGCGGCGGCGGGGGUAGCGACGAGGGGCACGGCAUUAGCAACGGCGACAACAGCUGCUGUAACAACGACAACCACAACCACCUCAACAACCACAACCUCAACGACGGCGGCGGCUUGUACGACCUGACACGCCAGCUGGGGCGGUUGCUAGCGACUCAGUCGCGCGGCGGGCCGCUGCGGGUGCUGGGUGCGGGAGAGGUGUUGCAGCGGCUGCUGCUGGAGGUGGCCCUUCCUGGGCUGGUGGAGGAGGUCGCGGCGGGGAAGACGGGUGCUGGGGCGGAGGCGGAGGCCGGCAGGGAGGCGGAGCGGGUGAAGCCGGCGCGAGACGGGACGUGGCGAAGCUCUUCUCCUGCGGGCUGCUCCUCCUCCUCCUCCUCCUCGUGUCUUUCGUCGUCGCCAUCCGUAUCCUCACCACCACCACCGCCGCCGCUCUCCCCAGCUGCGCUAGCUUUGUUGGAGUGGCUGACGGGAUGCACCCACCCUGCAGCUGCCCCUGCUGCUGCUGGUGCUGCUGCUGCCGCUACUGCUGGUGCAAGUGUUGGUGGCACCCCUCCUGCUGCUGCUGCCGCCGCCUGCCUGC